GUCGGUUGUCGGCGGAGUUUCCUGAUGACAGAGCCCGUGCGCCGAGGCUAUGGGCAGCCGGGAGGUGCUGGGCCAGGCGGCUCGGUUGGCCUCCUCAGGUCUGCUCCUUCAGGUGUUGUUUCGAUUAAUCACCUUUGUCUUGAAUGCGUUUAUUCUUCGCUUCCUAUCGAAGGAAAUCGUUGGCAUAGUGAAUGUCAGGCUAACACUGCUUUACUCCACCACCCUCUUCCUGGCCAGAGAGGCCUUCCGUAGAGCAUGUCUGAGUGGGGCUGCCCAGCGAGACUGGAGCCAGACUCUCAAUCUCCUGUGGCUCACAGUCCCUUUGGGUGUGUUUUGGUCCUUGUUCCUGGGCUGGGUCUGGCUACAGUUGCUCGCAGUGCCUGAUCCCCACGUCGUCCCCCACUAUGGAUCUGGAGUGGUGGUGUUUGGCUUCUCAGCAGUGGUGGAACUUCUGGGAGAGCCCUUUUGGGUCUUGGCACAAGCACAUAUGUUUGUCAAGCUCAAGGUGAUUGCUGAGAGCCUGUCAGUAAUCCUCAAGAGCGUCCUGACAGCCCUUCUUGUGCUGUGGUUGCCUCACUGGGGGCUGUACAUUUUCUCUUUGGCCCAGCUUUUCUAUACUACAGUUCUGGUGCUCUGCUAUGUUAUUUACUUUGCAAAGGUAUUGGGCUCCCCAGAAUCAGCCAAGCAACAAGCUCUUCCUGUCUCCAGCAUGACAGAUCUGUUACCCAGUAUGACAAAAAGUAGAGCUUUUGUAAAUUGGGAAGAGGCUAAAUUGACUUGGAGUUUUUUCAAACAGUCUUUCCUGAAACAGAUUUUGACAGAAGGCGAGCGAUAUGUGAUGACAUUUUUGAACGUGUUAAAUUUUGGGGAUCAGGGUGUGUAUGAUAUAGUGAAUAAUCUUGGCUCCCUUGUGGCCAGAUUAAUUUUCCAGCCAAUAGAGGAGAGUUUUUAUAUAUUCUUUGCUAAGGUGCUAGAGAGAGAAAAGGACGCCACACUUCAGAAGCAGGAGGAUGUUGCUGUGGCCGCCGCGGUUUUGGAGUCCCUGCUAAAGCUGGCCCUGCUGACCGGCCUGACCAUUACUGUUUUCGGCUUUGCCUAUUCUCAGCUGGUUUUGGACAUCUAUGGAGGGGUCAUGCUUAGCUCAGGAUCAGGUCCUGUCCUACUGCGAGCCUACUGUCUUUACGUCCUCCUACUUGCCAUCAAUGGAGUGACUGAGUGUUUCACAUUUGCUGCCAUGAGCAAAGAGGAGGUAGACAGGUACAAUUUUACAAUGCUGGCCCUGUCGUCUUCCUUCCUGAUGUUAUCCUAUGUCCUGACCCGUUGGUGUGGCAGUGUGGGCUUCAUCUUGGCCAACUGCUUCAACAUGGGCAUUCGGAUCACGCAGAGCCUUCGCUUCAUCUACCGCUACUACCGGAAGAGCCCCCACAGGCCCCUGGCUGGCCUGUCCCUGCCACCAGUCCUCCUCGGGACGUUUGCCGUCAGUGGUGGCAUCACUGCUGCUUCAGAGGUGUUCCUCUGCUGUGAAUGGGGCUGGCUAGCCCGGCUGGCACACAUCGCUGUGGGGGCCCUCUGUCUGGGAGUGACCCUCGGGACAGCAUUCCUCACAGAAACCAAGCUGAUUCACUUUCUUAGGACUCAGUUAGGCGUGCCCAGACUCGCUGACAAAAUGACAUGACCUUGUGGAAGCCGAGUGGCACCUGGACCAGCUGUGGGGCGGUCCUGUGGGUGGAACACGCGUUCUGUGGAGGAGAGCCAGGCCAGGGGUCUGCAGUGCAGUGAGACCAACCCAGGCAGGUGAGUCAUCGGAGCGAACCACCGGACCAAACACUUACCCUCCACUUGAGGUUUCAGAUAGCAGGGGUUCCGUUUUUAAGGGAAGACCAAAAAGUUCUUUGA